AUGAAGAUCACAUCAACCAUUCCCGCUGUCCUCCUGGGACUAGUACCGCUGAGUGCAGCCGUAUCAGUCUCAGGCUCAGCUGAGGGUUUCGCUGCCGGGGUGACAGGCGGUGGCGACGCAGAAGCACAGAUUCCCAGCGAUAUCGAUGAGCUGAAGGAAUGGCUUACCGAUGAUACCCCACGAGUGAUUGUUCUUGACAAGGAAUAUGACUUUACCGAGUCCGAGGGCACGACCAGUGGAACGGUUUGUGCUUCCUGGGGAACCGGGGAUGGCUGUCAGAAGAUUAUCCAGGAUGACUGCGGAGAUUCGCCUUCUUCGCAAGCAACUUGGUACACUGCUGGGACCACGGGGAUUGAUGUUGCAUCGAACAAGACAAUCCUCGGUGACGGAGACAAGGGCGUUAUGAAAGGCAAAGGGUUGAGAUUCAGAGACGGCGUGUCGAACAUCAUCGUACAAAACAUUGAGAUUUCCGACUUGAAUCCGGAGUAUGUCUGGGGUGGUGACGCCAUCUAUUUCGAUGGAUCUGACCUAAUCUGGAUUGAUCAUGUCACGACGGCUCGCACCGGACGGCAACAUUACACCUUCGGAUUCGAGACCAACACCCGUAUCACUCUCUCAAACAACUUCAUCAACGGUGAAACUACGUACUCCACAGGCUGCGACGGGUACACCUACUGGACCUUUGAGAUGGUGGGCGAAGCAGACCAGAUUACUAUGCAGAACUGCCAUAUCUACAUGACCGCCGGCCGCAGCCCAGCCUUGAGUGGAGGUACUCUCUUGCAUGCCGUAAACAACGUCUGGGAGAAGAACAACGGCCAUGCACUGGAGGGCGGCGAGGCAGCUGCCAGGGGAAUCUUCGAGGGAAAUGCUUGGGUGGAUGUGUCCACGAUUGUUGGAGACUAUGCCGGCCGACUGUUCAACACACCGGAUUCGUCGUCUGCUGCCGACUGCGAAUCGGCUCUUGGUCGUGCGUGCGAAGUGAAUGUCGUUUCCGACUCGGGCAGUCUUACCUCUUACACUGAUACCUCCUUCUUCUCGGACUUCUCAGGGCUUACUAUUGCGCCUGCCACCUCUGCCAGUGAGGCUCAGUCUAAUGUCCCGAACAACGCGGGCAUGGGCAAGCUUUGA